UCCGAAAGAAUAUUCAUCUAUUGAAAGAUUAUGAAUCCACGUAAUAUGGCAAUAACGAUAAAAUGGUUACACCUGCUGGUUUAUAAGUUAAUAACUUAAUAUAAAGUAGCGCAUGUGCAUAAUAAAGAUAGAAUUUUUCACGAUAGCGUAACACCCAGAGAGCAAAGUUAACACGGUGCUUCCUCUUUAUUUUAUUUUAUUUUAUUUCCUAUUUUAACUGAUUUUAUAUCACUUUUGCCUUUUAUGAAAUUAAAUAUCAGUAACAGACAAAUGUGUAGACAUAACAAAACAAAACAAAAUGGAACCCCAAAAUGCAGGACGAAAGCAGAACGCGUUGAAAAUUGAAAAACAAAACCAUUUUAUGAAUAAAUUAAAAACUUUCAUACCUUGGCUGGCUGGGCAUAUUAAGAGUGUUACCAUUUUUUGUAAUUCAGUAACAAGGUAUGGAUAACAAGACUGGUAGAUUUGUAGAACAAGAACAUAUAGAAAUUUACGUGGGAACAUCAGUAUAGGAAAAACCUCAUAAAUAAUUAAUAUUUGUCGAAUUAUUGAAUAACUAAGAUAGAGUUACUGCUUUUACAUCAUGGUUGGACUUAUUUUUUAGAGAAGAUAAAUUCAGAUCUUUUUGUAUGAAAAUAAUAUAUAUGUAGCUGAUUGAGUAAUAUUUCGUGACUAUAUGUAAUAUUCUACAUAUAACAUUUUUCCUUCAAAAUAAUUAAUUAACAAAAUGAUAAUUAAAAGAAAAAAAUAAUAACAAAGUUCUUACACAACAUAUGACCCUAAGACCGUCUCCAAUGGCUUACUCUAUUUUUUACUCUAAAAUAGAGUAACUCUAUAAUAGAGUUUGAGUUUGCUCCAAUGGUAUUCUAUUUUAGGAUAGAAAAUAGAGUGAUGAAUAAAAAAAAACAAAUUACUCUAUAUUUGGAGUAAAUUCAUUUUUCACUUUAUUAUAGAGUGAGAAAUAGAAUACCAUUGAAGCAUUCUUUACUCUAAACUCUAUUUUAAAUAGAGUAUCAUUGAAACAUUCUUUACUCUAAACUCUAUUUUAGAGUAAAAAAUAGAAUGAGGUUGGAAAUGUUUUAAGGGAAGCUAUGGAAGCCUUGACAGCCCUCCAUAUUAUUACCAUAUUUCGACCUUAUGUUUAUUAAAUUGUCUUUUCGUGACAAAAAAAAAGUUUAUUAAAUUGUCUUGCCUUGGUACAAUCCUUGAUAGCUCUCACAAUAUUCCUUAAAUAUUAUAUAUAAACUAACUUUAGGUCUGUUCUACCAUGUAAUAGAAGUAUAGAACUAGUGUCUCGAAUUGUAGUUUUUUUUGAAAGAAAAGAUGGAUUGUUUUGUUUUUCAAAUUUAAAGAAAUACCGAUUUGAAAUCAACGAAAUUGUAAACAAAGAAACUAUAAUAUAGAGAAUGUUUGAUAUAUCGAAUGAUAAUUGGAACUAGUUUCACAUAUGAAAAUAAAUAUAUAAAUUACAUAUUUGGAUCCCAGCGUUUGUAUAAUAGCUCUCACAACAUUCCUUAAAAAUUAUAUAAAAACUAACUUGAGGUCUGUUCUACGAUGUAACAGAAGUAUAGAACUAGUGUCUCGAAUUGUUUUUUUUUUUUUUGAAAGAAAAGAUGGAUUGUUUUGUUUUUCAAAUUUAAAGAAAUACGGAUUUGAAAUCAACGAAAUUGUAAACAAAGAAACUAUAAUAUAGGGAGCGUUUCAUAUAUCGAAUGAUAAUUGGAACUAGUUUCACUUAUGAAAAUAAAUAUAUAAAUUACAUAUUUGGAUCCCAGCGUUUGUAUUUUUUUUUUUUUUGUCGGCAAACAUUACAAACUCAUAUUGACCCUGUAAACCAAAUUGGGAGAUGUUGAUCCAUGUGAACGACGAAAGACGGCUGAAUCCUGGCACUGCGUGCUAGACUAUCCGCCUUCGUAUUUUGCGUUCUUGGUACAUGAAUGAUCUCUGAUCGUAUAAAACUCUCCUUCAGGUUCUGAAUAUCUACCAAAUAACUUGCAAAAUCUGGCCAUUCUUCUGGUUCCGAAACCAUCUUCACCAAUUGAGAACAAUCCGUUGCAAAUGUAACCUGAAAUUGUCUUAAAUUUCGCAUACAUUCCAUAGCCCAUAAUAGCUAUGUAUAAUAUACUAUAUCCGAAAUCUCUGUUUAUGUAUCAGCUGCAAAAAGCCCUUUAUCUCUUAAUUAAUAUACUUGAAACCUAUGUAUAUCAUUACUGUUCACUCCACAAAAUCUUUAUUAAAUAUUCGUUGUAUGUUUAAAAUUUAGGAGAUAUUAUGAUUUUUUUUUUCAUGCAAUGCAAUAUAUACGCACUUUAUACCUUAUGGAGACCCAAAAAUAAAAAAAUAAAUAAAGUUCUAAAGGGACGAAAUGAUGACAAAUUACAAUGAUUAAAAGUGGGAAAUAUAUAGUUUCAUACUUAUACGAUUUCACAUAUUAUAGACCAUUUGAUGUCCUGCAUGUACAACCAAUAAAUAUAGCAUAUGUUUAACUAAAAUUUGAAGGUACUAAUUUGUAUCACUAUUACCAAAAACAUAAGGAUUAUUGAGUCUAAAUGCCGAGUCUACAUGUGCUUAGAUAUUUUUAAGAAAAACAAUAUGUCAAAUUAGCAAAUAAUUAAAUAUCUAUAGACUACGUUAAAAUACUUUGUUAAACACUUACGCUAAACUUUAAAUUAUAACAUUCUUACACUAAGAUAAAACCCAUAACUAUAAACUUUUGAUUAGCUAAUAAAAGUUAAACACCUCGUAAUUAAUCAAAAAAUCUUCUAACAUUGACAUGGAUGACUCACACACACCUCCCUACUUAUUAAUUGUCAUUGCCUUGGCUUUGAUGUAAACAAGAAGUGCAACCACUAUUUAUUUUUUAAUUCCAUUUUGUUUAUUUAGAGUUCCAUUUCAAGACACACAUAAUAAUUAUGGGUUCGAACUUGUGUUUUGAAACUUUAAAACCAUUGUCAAUUUGGAACGCUUAGCGCAAAAGGAAACAAAAAUAGGACAACAACCCAUCAAUUAAUCAUUCACCGUUCACAAAAUAUACAUUUAUACGAAUUGUCGUUCACAAAAUAUACAUUUAUACGAUUUCCCAAAAGGAGCCAUCCUCUUCAUUAUCAUCAUCAUUUUCACUCAACAAACGUCUCAAUCCUUCUCUAGUUACAUUUUAACCCUCUACAUACUACAAAACUAUACAUUCUCCUAUGAUCUAAGUAUUAAUUCAAGCCGGUACGUAUUGAAAUCUUGUUUGAAUGUUCUCAUGACACCAUGUUAAAGACAGUCUUUAUUUAUAUGAUACAUAAACUGAUGCAUAUUGGACAAAAGUGAGAGUUGUAUGAGUUAGUUCUACUUGUUUAAAUAUUGCUAUGAUAUCUAUUAAAAUUUGUUGGUCUAUGAUGAUAUCAAAAACGGUUUAUGUGAAUGAUUACUUGGUCGGUGAGAAAUGAAUUUGUUAGAACAUCUCCAAUGGUUUAUUCUAUUUUUACUCUAAAAUAGAAUAACUCUAUAAUAUAGUUUGAAUUUGCUCCAGUAGUACUAUAUUUUAGAAUAAAAAAUAGAAUGAUGAAUAAAAAAAUAAGUUACUCUAUAUUUGGAUUAAACUUAUUUUUCACUCUAUUAUAAAGUCAGAAAUAUAGUACUAUUGAAGUAUUUUUAUUAUAAACUCUAUUUUAGAGUGAAAAAUAGAGUGGGAGUUGGAGAUGCUCUUAAACCAUCUCCAAUCAAUGUCUAUAAUUUUCUCUAAAAUAAAUUUAGAGUUUUACUCGAAUUUCCCUGUUCUUAGAAAAUAUUAUUAAAUAUUAUUUUUGUUUAUAAAUAUACAUGUAAAAGUAAAUUUAAUUAUAUUUUCUCCUAAAAUAAUAAAAAUUAUCACAAAAUCAUACAUUGAGGAAAAAGUACUUUUAUAAUAGAUAUAUUUUAGUUUAAAGAAAAUAUAGAGUUAGAUUAACAAAUAAUGGUCAUCUCAUACUAAAACACAAUUUGAAAAUACAAGUAAAAGAAAAAGAAAGUAACCAUAUAGAGAAAUUUUGAAAGUAGACCCCCUCAAGUAGUACUAUCUAUCCUCUAAGUUUUCUUCUUUAUUUCUCAACUCUCCUCUUUCGAUCAUCAUUCACAUGACGCAACCAGAUCUUUUUCUCACUUUUUCCUCACUAGGUUAUUUUUUCUCACUUUUAUAAAAGAAACAAAUACAAAAGAUUGCGAGCUGCGUAUUCGGCCGCCAUCUAAGCAUAACACACAGCACAAAGCAUGAUUGUUGUGUCAGGAGAGAGAGACAUGUCCCCCUUCUCUAUCUCUAGGUUUUGAGGCUCUAUAUAAGAGACAUUAUCGAACCAGACAUUAUCUUCAUUUUGUUCUCUUUGUCCCUCUACCUUCCAUACAAUCUUCUCUCCUCUACAAACAUAUAAACACACUACACUUCUUCCUCACCCUAUUCGAACACUCUUUCCUUAAGGUAGCAUCUCUCUCGCUCUCUCUAGAUAUCUCUCUCUCCUCAUGUACAAGCAAGUUUUGAGAGAGCAAGUUUAUCGAAAUGGAGAGGCUAAACGCGAAGUUGUACCUGCAAAACUGUUAUAUAGUAAAGGAGAAUGAAAGGUUGAGGAAGAAAGCUGAAAUCCUGAAUCAGGAGAAUCAACAGCUUCUCAUUGAACUCAACCAGAAGCUCUCCAAAACCAAGGACCCUAAUGAAUCAAAGCAAGGAAGCAGCAACCUCUCUUCGUCAAGUUCUGCUUCUGGACAAUCCUGAUUCAGUAAAACUCUUAGGACAAGUAUUGGAUUUGGUAUACUGAAAAAAUUAUCAUGACCCUGCUCAGUUAGAAGAACCCAUCUUUUCGUAGUUCCUUUGUAUUGGUGUCAUGUAAGAAAAUAAUCAAAAGUUAGUGGGCAGUAGGAGUAUUAUUAUUAUUUGAACUUGUGGGUUCUUCUAAAUUAUUUCUACUACUAAAAGGACAGAAGCAUUGUGUCUCUCUACUUAUCUUCUCAGGUAUAUUUUACAUUUGUUUCCAUUCAUAUAUUAAUUAGAUUUCUUUGUUGCCUUUUCAUGUGGGGUUGUUUUUUAGGAUAUGGUGGAUUAUGGGACUACGUUGUACUACCUUCUGCUCGUUUCUUAAACAACCAGUAUCUUUAUUAUUUUUAUUAUUCUACAUUUUCUUUUCUUUAAGAAUUUUUUUCACUGUAUAAUGUUAGCUUAUACUAGAUUUACUAAGUUUUGAUCCGCAUUUUAAAAACGUGAGAAAUUUUUUAUUUCUAAAACUUUUAAUAAAAUGUUUCUUUGGUUUAAGGAUGUGUAUUAAAAAUAAAAUGGAUCUUUGUUUCCUAAUAGUUAUUUUAUCACGAGAGUCGGAUAUAUAUAUAUAUAUAUAUAUAUAUAUAUAUAUAUAUAUUGGUUUGUUUUCUUAGAAAUAGUAAUUUGAAUAUUUUUUAAUAGCUAAAGAAAUAUGCUAUUAAUUAUGGUACAAAUCAUCAAACCUUAUUUUAAUAAUAGAUUCAUUAGAAUAAACUUAAAUAAGAUUAGAUAAAUUGUUAAUGUAGGUUAGUAAAAAUAUAUAUGUAUAUAAAGGUUAGUCGGAAAUAAUGGAAUACAUAUAUAUAUUUUCAAUGUAAUACUCAUCCUUUAUAUAAAAAAACAAGAGUAUAAUAA